ACCGGGGAGCGAAGGGCUCGGCGCCGCCCAGAGCCGCUUAGGGGAGCGCCGGCAGCCGCCGCCUGCCGCUCCCCGGGGCGCUCGGCCGGGGGCCCGAGCUGGGCGCGCGGAGGGCUCCGGCGCUUGGGCGCCUCGGCCGGGCGGCUGGCGGCCGCGGAGGGCCCCGGAGCUGGGCCGCUGGCCGGACGUCGCGGGAGGCCCGCUCGGCGCUGCCCCAUGGGCUGACAGCAUGCCCGUCCGGCGCGGGCACGUCGCCCCCCAGAACACCUUCCUGGACACCAUCAUCCGCAAGUUCGAGGGCCAGAGCCGCAAGUUCAUCAUUGCCAACGCACGAGUGGAGAACUGCGCCAUCAUCUACUGCAAUGAUGGCUUCUGUGACCUCUGUGGCUACACACGUGCAGAAGUCAUGCAGAAGCCGUGCACUUGUGAUUUCCUGUAUGGGCCACGCACCCAGAAGAGCUCAGUGGCGCAAAUUGCGCAGGCCCUGCUGGGCUCGGAGGAACGCAAGGUGGAGAUUUGCUUCUACCGGAAAGAUGGCAGCUGCUUCCUGUGUCUGGUUGACGUGGUGCCAGUGAAGAACGAAGAUGGGGCUGUCAUAAUGUUCAUUCUAAACUUUGAGGUGGUGAUGGAACGGGACCUGCUGACCAGCCCUGUCAAGAACACCAACCACUGGGUCUCGCCUGCGGCCUGGCUCCCAACAGGUCGCGGCAAGUCCUUCCGGCUGAAGCUACCAGCUUUGCUGGCCUUGGCAGGGAGCAAGCAGUCGCUUCCACAGGGUGACCCAGACGAAGCCGUGGUGGUGGACUUCUCCAAGCAGAGUAGCGAGUCCGUGGCGCUGGCUGAGGCCCCCUCCUCUCUGGACAACAACUGCCUGGUCUAUGGAGAACCCGAGGACCGGCGGGCCUUGAUGGAGUGUGAGGGAGGUGGGGGGGAUUCGGAGCCCCCCGUCACCCACUCCUCACCGCGGCCUGACAAAGCCCGCCUCAGCCUCGAGGCCUCCUUCUCCAACUGCAGCCUGACCCACAGCCGCUCCCGCGAGAGCUUCUACAGCGUGCGCCGAGCCUCCUCGGUGGACGACAUCGAGGCCAUGAAGAAUGAGGGCGACAAGGGGCGGCCCCACAACCGCCACGCCAGCACAGGUGCCGUGAACAAUGCCCGGAGCCACCUGCUGAACUCCACCUCUGACUCGGACCUCAUGCGUUACCGGGCCAUCAGCAAGAUCCCCCAGAUUACCCUGAACUUUGUGGACUUCAAGGCGGAGGCCUUCCUCACCUCGCAGUCCAGCGAGAAGGAGAUCAUCGCACCCAGCAAGCUCAAGGACCGCACACACCACGUCACUGAGAAGGUCACGCAGGUGCUCUCGCUGGGUGCUGACGUCCUUCCAGAAUACAAACUCCAGGCCCCUCGCAUCCACAAAUGGACGAUUCUCCAUUACAGCCCCUUCAAGGCGGUCUGGGAUUGGCUGAUUCUGCUGCUGGUGAUUUAUACAGCCAUCUUCACGCCCUACUCAGCAGCUUUCCUGCUCAACGAUGGAGACGAGGUGCAGCGGCGGGCCUGCGGCUACUCUUGCAGCCCCCUCAACGUGGUGGACCUCAUUGUAGACAUCAUGUUCAUCAUCGACAUCUUGAUCAACUUCCGCACCACCUACGUCAAUUCCAACGAGGAAGUGGUCAGCCACCCGGCCAAGAUUGCCAUCCACUACUUCAAGGGCUGGUUCCUGAUCGACAUGGUUGCUGCCAUCCCCUUUGAUCUGCUGAUUUUUGGCUCUGGAUCAGAGGAGACCACCACCCUGAUUGGGCUGCUGAAGACGGCGAGGCUCUUGCGACUGGUGCGUGUGGCCCGCAAGCUGGACCGCUACUCGGAGUACGGGGCGGCAGUUCUCUUCCUGCUGAUGUGCACCUUUGCGCUGAUUGCCCAUUGGCUGGCCUGCAUCUGGUACGCCAUCGGGAACGUGGAAGGGGAGACCAUCGGCUGGCUCCAUUCUCUGGGCGGCCAGAUUGGCAAGCCCUUCAACGAAACCAACCCCCACCAUGGGCCCUCCAUCAAGGACAAGUACGUCACCGCUCUCUACUUCACCUUCAGCAGUCUCACCAGCGUCGGCUUCGGGAACGUCUCCCCCAACACCAACCCGGAAAAGAUCUUUUCCAUCUGCGUCAUGCUCAUUGGCUCACUGAUGUACGCCAGCAUCUUCGGAAACGUCUCCGCAAUCAUCCAGCGGCUCUACUCAGGGACAGCCCGCUAUCACACCCAGAUGUUGCGUGUGCGUGAGUUCAUCCGCUUCCACCAGAUCCCCAACCCGCUGCGGCAGCGCUUGGAGGAGUAUUUCCAGCACGCUUGGUCCUACACCAACGGCAUCGACAUGAACGCUGUGCUGAAGGGCUUCCCAGAGUGCCUGCAAGCCGACAUCUGCCUGCACCUCAACCGCAGCCUACUCCAGAACUGCAGACCUUUCAAGGGGGCCUCCAAGGGCUGCCUGCGGGCCCUGGCCAUGAAGUUCAAGACCACCCACGCUCCCCCCGGGGACACAUUGGUGCACGCUGGCGAUGUGCUCACAGCCCUGUAUUUCAUCUCCCGAGGCUCCAUCGAGAUCCUGCGUGGCGACGUGGUGGUGGCCAUCCUAGGGAAAAACGACAUCUUUGGGGAGCCGCUCAACCUGUACGCCCGGCCUGGCAAAUCCAACGCGGACGUCCGGGCCCUGACCUACUGCGACUUGCACAAGAUCCACCGGGAGGACCUGCUGGAGGUCCUGGACAUGUACCCCGAGUUCUCCGACCACUUCUGGUCCAACCUGGAGAUCACCUUCAACCUGCGAGAUACUAACAUGAUCCCUGGCUCCCCUGACAGCAACGAGAUAAAUGGCGGCUUCAACCGGCUGCGUCGACGCAAACUGUCCUUCCGCCGACGCACUGAGAAAGACGAGGCGGAUGCAGGGGAGCUGAAAGCCCCGCCGAGGGCUCUGUCGGUGGGCCGGAACUGCCAAGGCACCCCCCGUGGGCCACCCGGAUGGGACCCCUGCCUCAGCAGCUCAGCAGCCUCCAGUCCCCCCUCCAGUGAUGAGGAGGAGACCCCCAUGCCGGCCUCAAACGCCACAGAACUCUCACCGUUCUGCCCUGCUGGGGAGCCCCCUUCCCCUGCGCCCACCGAGCCCAGAGUCAGCGACACGUGCAACCCACUUUCAGGGGCCUUCUCUGGCAUGUCCAACAUCUUCAGCUUCUGGGGCGAAAGCCGGGAGCACCAGUACCAGGAGCUGCCCCGCUGCACCGUUCCUGCCCAUACGGCCCUCAACAUCCCCCUGGUCAGCAGCACCGGGAGCCGGCGCCAUCGCUGUGAGCUGGAGAGCCGCCUUGACCUGCUGCAGAAGCAGCUGAACAGGCUGGAAGCCCGGCUGACUGCAGAUGUGGGAGCCGUCAUGCAGCUGUUGCAGCGGCAAGCAGUCCUGGUGCCCCCAGCCUACAGCACCGUCUCGUCUCCACUGCCGGCACCCGGCCCAGAGCCAGGCCCCGGAGAGUGCCUCCUUCCUGUCCAAGCCCAGGCGCUCCACUCCUCCGCUCAGGUUCCUGGGUUCCCAGUGCCAUCGGUGAAUCCUGCCCAGCCCAGCGAUGUGGUGCUGCUGGUGGAGCCCCCACUCCCACCGCCCCGCCGCCUCUCGCUCCCGGGACAGCUGGCCCCCCCCGCCUCCCUGGACUCUUCCAUGGACUUGCAGAGACACUGCUCAGACCCUGGCAGUUAAUGGAGCGCUGGGCGAGGCCCGGUCCAAAGGCCUUUCUGGGGGCUGGAACUGGCCCCUCUGCAGUGGACAGGGGGUGCUGCGUGCCCCAGGGGUGCCCCGCGGGUGCUGCCUACCCUGGGCGUGGCAGGAGCAGGGGCGGGCCCACUUCCCAACCAUGUUAGCUGGCCUAACAGGGGUGGGUCCAAGCCAGGGUGACCACCAGCUGGUUGGCUGGCGGGGACUGUCGAUGGACAGACCGGCUGCUUGCAGGAGUCAUGAAUAAUUAUGAUUGAGGGUUAGGACCCCCUGCCCAUGACCCCAGACAUAUCACUUGUCCAGACUGAGGGGACAUGCAGAGUCACCCGUGGCGGAAGAAGACUGACCCCUCCCCAAGCCCCUGAGUUGGAGGACUCGGGUACCUGUUGGCCUGAGCUCUGUCCCUGUCAGGCAGGGCUCCCCUAUCGGGCUUGGGCUGCACCCUAGUGUCGG